CAUGGCUGGAGCGCUGGUGCACAAAGCGGUGGACUAUGUCCAGAGCAAGGACUUUCAGGACUAUCUCAUGAGUACGCACUUCUGGGGCCCGGUUGCCAACUGGUGUCUCCCCAUUGCUGCCAUCAAUGACAUGAAGAAAUCUCCAGAGAUCAUCAGUGGGCGGAUCACUUUCGCCCUUUGUUGCUACUCUUUGACAUUCAUGAGAUUUGUCUACAAGGUGCAGCCUCGAAACUGGCUUCUGUUUGCAUGCCACGUAACAAACGAAGUAGCACAGCUCAUUCAGGGAGGCCGGCUUAUCAACUAUGAGAUGAGUAAGCGGGCAACUGCAUAGCCUCCAAGGACCAGCUCUUGAAAGGGCCAGUGUCCCAGCCACUAUUGCCGAGCCACAGAUCACAUCAGCAUGAACAGUCUUGCUGAGGGGAAAACACAGAUGCUAUGUCUAAUAACCAUGCCAACAUUAUAGAAUAGCGGGGGUCCCUAACCCAACUCUCGGCUGCCUUAUUAAUGCUAAAACUUAUUUGUCUUCAUCGAGAGUAGUUCAAAGUAUGUACCUAAUGUAAUAAUUCUGAGUGACGAUUCUCUCUAUAGCCAUCUACGGCAAUAUGUAUAUUAUCUAUUGGAAUUGUGUAUAAAUCUAAGGGAACAAAAUUUUAUAACUAUAAGCACUUAAGUACUCAAAACUCUUGAC